AUGGAUAGUGAUAAAGAUAAAUCGAUAGAUGGAAGUGAUAAAAGUGAUUCGGAAAUCAUACGUAAAUGUGAAUUAGAACUAAGCCAAAUUGAGGAUCGAAGAAUCACUCGUGAGUCUGAAAUGGAACAUGCAAACGCUGGGUUCACAACUCGAAAGCCUGAAGUGAGAUCGGAGAAGAGAAAAGCAUGUGAAGAAGAUACAAACAGCGAAGAUGGUUAUGUGCCAGUUGAAAAAAGACAGAAGAAGUAUUUCAACAGGACAGGGUCAAAAUACAACAUCGAAAGAAAUCGGAUCUAA